AUGACAAGUCGAAUAAAGAUACCAUUUAAAUUUGGUGAAAAGAAGAUCAAUGAAUUAGAAGUUAAUGAAACAUCGAAAAAAGACGAUUUUUCAUUAAGUGAAAUUGUACGCUAUGGUUUUCCAUAUCGACCAACAACACUUGCUUAUGAUCCUGUACAAAAAAUUCUUGCUAUUGGCACAAAAAAUGGUAUUAUUAAAAUUUAUGGUGGCGCAUUCGUUGAAUGUUCAUUAGUACAUCCAACUGAAGUUGAAAUUGUUCAACUUGUAUUUCGUAUAAAUGAGGGUGCAUUGAUAAGUGCAUGUCGAGAUAAUUAUAUUCAUUUAUGGAGUUUACGUCAAAAGAAACCAGUUAUUGCUCAUUCACUUCGAUUUGUUAAAGAAAAAAUAAGCCGAUGUUUUCUUCCUCUUGCAUUUAAUUCCAAAUGGCUUUUAGUUGGCACAAUUAAUGGAAAUGUUUAUGUUGUCAAUCUUGACACAUUUACACUUUCAUCAUAUAAAAUCAUGUGGAAUAAUGCAAUUGGCAUGAGUAAAAGUACUCAUCCAGGUGUAGUUGUUGAUUUAAGUCAAAAUCCUGAUGAUCCAACACGACUUUAUAUUGGCUUCAGUACACAUUUAUCUUCACCUAAUACUGCUCCUAUUGGACAUGUUAUAUGUUGGAAUUUACAACAAAAAACAUCUGAAAGUGUUUAUACAUUACAACAUGGUUUAACAUCUGUAUCGUGGCAUCAUGAAGGAAGACAAUUUAUGUGUUCACAUUGCGAUGGUUCACUAUCCGUUUGGAAUUUACGAGCUACUGAGAAGCCUGUUAGCAUUAAUUAUCCACAUGCACGUAUAUCAAAAGAUGAACAACAUAAAUUUGGUUCAGUUUCAAAAGUGGUUUGGACUUCUGUUAAAAAUUCAAAUGAUCCAUUUAUUAUUUUUUCUGGUGGAAUGCCAGCUCAAACUGAAUCUCAACAAAGCCCAUCAACUAAUGCUGCAACUGGUACAACACCGUCCAAACCAUCAUCUUAUUUUUUAACAAUUCUUCGUGGUCCAACAACAAAUGUACUUCAUAUGGAUAAUGCUAUUGUUGAUUUUACUGUUAUAACAUCAUCUCCGCAUAUUGCUGAUAUACCUGAUCCAACGGCAGUUGUUGUUUUACUUGAGAAUGACCUUGUCGUAAUUGAUUUAAAAAGUGACAAUUAUCCACUUUUUGAAAGUCUUCAUACAGUGGAUCUUCACGAAUCACCUGUAACAUUUUGUGAUUAUAUAACAGAACCCAAUACAACUUUUUAUCAAAAUCUUCUUCGAUUACAAUCGAAACAAACACCAAAACGUACUUAUAGUCAACAGGAAAAUCCAGUAUCAGGUGGUAAAGCUGGUUCAACUAUUUUUGGAUACAAUGAAGUCAUUAUGACUGGACAUGCUGAUGGUUCAGUUAAAUUUUGGGAUGCAUCUGGUUGUAAUCUUUUAUUUUUAUAUAAAUUACGUACAAAUCGUUUAUUUGAUCGUAUUCAACCAGCAAAUCCAUCAUCAUCAUCAACUACAAAAGAUGUCAAUCCAACGUUUAAAUUAGAUUCACGAUCAUCACGUGCAAAUAGUAAUGCAGUUGAUGAACAAAGUCAAUUUCAACAACAAUUUAAUUCUUUAACUAUAUCAAAUGAUAUCAAUGGUUAUGAUAAUCCAUUUGCAAUUUAUUCAGUAAAAAUGUGUUGUGAUGGAAAAUAUUUAAUAGUUGCUGCACGUGGUGGUCAUAUAACAUUAUUUAAAUUUACGGGUUCAGAAUUAGAAAAAGCUGAUGAAGGUUUAGGAGAUUUAACAUGUAUAGAAAUUCCGAUAUUACAUCGGAAUUUAUCAGGUGAUCGUGAUGAUACAAAUAUAAGUGGAAAUAUAUCAACAUUAAAUGAUUCACAAUCAAGACAAAGUACAGAGAAAAGAGAAUUUAAAAGUUUAUUUCGCGCUAAAAUGGGUUAUCGUCGAAUGGCUGGUUAUCAACCAGAACUUGUUUGUUUAUUAUCAUGGUUACCAAAUGAUAGAAUUCCUAUGUUAACUGAUAUUUCAAUUAAUUCUAAAUAUGGAUUAUUAAUAUUUGGAUUAGAGAAUGGUCUUGUUGUCGUUGAUUAUUUAAGUCAAUCGAUUCUAAUGAAUAUGGCAACAAGUGAUCUUUACGGUACAAUGGAUCCAUUUCAGCGAACAACAGUAUCUCCAAAACGUCGUGGUACUGCCAAUGAUUGUAAUAAUGAUGAUCCAUCAUCAGGAGAUUAUCAACAACAACCUUUAUCACCUUCGUCUCAUGCAAAUGAAGCAGAAUCAUCAUCAUCAUCAUCAAAUGUUUUUUCAUUUGGAAAUUUCUCAUUUAAAAAAAGUUCGAAACCAUCUAAUCCAACAACACCUCGAAAUAUACCGAAUGAAAAUGAAUCCAUACAAAUAUUUCGUUCACGAUCCAUUGAUUCAUUAACUGAAAGUAAUCAAAAUAUAAAUUCAUGUUCAACAGGAGGUGGCGGUGAACAUCAAGCUUCAUCACAUGAAGAUAAACCACAAGCAACAUUAGCAAAACGAUUUCGUACACUUCGUAAACGUUUAUCACGUACAUCAAAUUCAAAUAAACAUGAUCAUACAGUUACACAUUGUAAAAUACAUCCAAAUGAAAAAGAUAAUAAUAAUAUUAAAAGUGGUGGUGAUAGUAGUGAAGCAAGUAGUGCAGGUGAAGAUUUAAAUCGAUUAUCAUUUACAGAAAUACCAACAUCAGAUUCCGAAGCACAAUCUGGAGAUUAUUUAACAGUAGCACCAGCAGUAUCAUUAAAAGUACAUCGUUCUUUACCAGUAGAAAAAACAGCAUCAACAAUACCAGCAGCAGAUGCAUAUGAAAAAACUGAUUCUUAUGAAAGAACGAGUGAGAAUCGUACUCUAUCAAAAACAUGGUCAUCAACAAAUUUUACUGCUGUUCAAUUACGUGGUACAUGCUCACUUGAAUAUAGUGAACAUAUGAAAGAUAAAUCACAUAAACGUAAAGCACAUAUGAUCGAUUUACGUAAAGAUGAUCAUCAAUCACAAUUAACACCAACUUCAUUGACACCUCUAAGUAAACAUUCAAUUUCAACACACUUUCAACAAGCUAUUUUAAUUACACUUUACUCAUACUUUUAUUAUAAGGGUCAAUCUUCGCCUCCUUCUACUGCUUCGACACUUGCAGAAAAACGAUCUCAGGCUUUGUCUGAUAUCAAUUCAUCUGUUUAUAAACCAUCAAAUGCUGAUCUUCCACGUUCAACAAGUAGUUCAAGUAUGGAUAAUAUAGUUUCAAAUGAAAGUGUAUGUGCUAUACAAUUUUCGGAAUCAUUUACUUAUAAAAAUGAUUUUACUAUUUCACCAAGUGUGUGGCUUGGAACAAGUACAGGUUGUGUUAUUGUUAUUAAUUUAAAUAUCAUAUAUGAACCUCGAAAUAUAAGUGUUGUACCAAGUGGAAGUGUAUUUCGUUUAUGUGGUCGUUUAUUGCAUAUUUCUUUUUUGGAUUAUAAAGGAAGUACAAUAGCAUCACCCAGUGAAAAAUGGGAUACGAAAAAAGCAAAAGCAACUCGUCGAACAGAUGGAUAUACUCAAUCUCAAGAUUCAAGUUCAUCAAUAGUAACGUCUUCCACAACUAGUUCAUCUUCAUCAGUAACAAAUACACCAAAAGAUAUUCAAUAUGCUGUUUUUUGCUCAUCAAAACAAGCUCGCGUUGUUUCAUUACCAUCACAAACUUGUAUAUCAAAACAAAAAAUUUAUGAUUCACCUGGUGCAUCAGGAUCCAAUGUUUUACGAGCAGCAGUUGUUAAAAUAUCAGGUGCUCCUUGUCUAGUAUGUUAUUUAUUACCUGGUCGUAUAAUUGUCUAUAGUUUACCGAGUUUACGUGAAUUAUUUAUUACAAAUCUUGAUCCAGUUAUUGAAUCAUUCCGAUCUUUGGUUGCUUCAACAUUUUCAUUUACUGAUCGAGGACAUGGACUUUACAUGUGUUCACCAACAGAAAUUCAAAAAAUUACGAUUGCUUCAGAUGUCAAAGAACAAAUCAGUGAAAUGCUUUGCGAAUUGUACAGUCCAUCAAUAGCAAUGCCUGAAGCACCAAAACAAAACUUUUUUGCUAAACUUUUUACUACAAAUUCCGUUCUUGAUUCUGAUCAAUUAUUUGGUGAUGCUGCUGGCAAAGCUCCAUUAGGCGUUGUUAAAAAAGAAGAUGUUAAUGUCAAUAUGAAUCAAUUGCGUGGUAAAGCUGAUUCAGCUGCUGGUGUUAUUAAUGAUACACGAAUGAAAUUACUUGAACGAGGUCAAAAAUUAGGUGAAGUUGAAAUAGCUUCAAAACAAAUGACUGAUCGUGCUGAAGAAUUUGCUAGUCUAACAAACAAAUUAAUGUUACAACAAAAAGAAAAAGCUGAAUGGUGGCCAUUUACAUCAAAGAAAACAUGA